ACGACGCCGACGUCGAGAUCGCGGGCAUCGAGCCCGAGAUCCUGCGCCUCUCCUCCAGCUUCCUCCACCUCCGCGUCUUCCGGGGCCACGACGCGCAGCCGACCGGGACAGGGCCGCGGGCGAGGGGGGGAGGCCUCGCCCCCCUCGAUCUGGACGGGGCCGUGGCCUGCCUCCACCACCGCCAGCCCGCCGCCGCGACGCGCCUUGCCGGCCGACGCCUCCGCUGCCCCGCCGCUAAUACAGGAGCCCAGCAGCGCCUCCCUCCCUGGAGGAGCCGCUCCCGCCCAGCAGCGCAUCCCUCCCUGGAGCAGCCGCUCCCGCCUAGCAACGCCGCCGCCCGAAGCUGCGCCGGCGACCCGUCCAGAGGCAGGUGCACACACACAGUUGUUCUACGGAUUGAUGCUACGGCUGUACUGCAGGGGAUCUCGGACAUUUAAAAUGCUUGGUUUAUGGGAUCUUUAUAUCGGUGGGGGUGUAUCAUCCAUCAUUGUUUGUUUUAGAUUUAAUCUGGAAAGCCUUCACAUUCCAUUGUCGAACAUUGGCAUGAGAGAGGGAUUUGACGGCUAUAGUGGAAAAGAAUUAGGAUAAACACCAGACAAUCAGCAUGGAAGAUGUGUUUAUGAACGACAUAUGGAGUGAACAUAAUGGCGAUAUUCGAGCCUUUCACUGAUUGCAAGAGCAAAGAUGGACUCACUGGCCACUGCGUCAUGACCGAAGAACUGAUUGAAGGAACAUUUCUUCAUGUGAACUGACCAGAUGCAAGGUACAAUGAACUGAAAGAAGAAGGGCAUUUUCAUCAAAGGAACAUUUAUUGGUUUGUCCGUUGACGGUUGCCUGAAGGAGGACCAAGACGGCGAGUUAAGAUGGGUUGCCUCUAAUUCGCCUGUUGCGAUUGGGGUGCCUCGCCUCCUUGACACCCUCCUUGAGACUCAACAUGAGGCAAGGCGCACAGUCGGCUCACCGCAAGUACACCUACGCCGCCGCCUCCCCAGGGGGCUGCAAGGUGAAGUGGACGGCCGAGGAGAAGCCGCACGGCGGGGCUGGGCUCUCAAGUGGGAGGCGGAGCUCGCCUCCCCCCAACGACGUUAGCUUUGAUCACAAGUGGAAGUGGGAGCCCAAGUCCAAGCCUGGUGCCGCCAACAAGGCCAAGACCAAGCUCGAGGAAGCCAGCGAGGAUGACAAGAAUAAGCCGGCGAUGAAGUGCAUGCACAUCGAGGAGGUCCUCGCCGGCUGCGACGCCAUCCGCAAGGAUGAUGACUAUUUAAUACUGAUUCCCUAUUCCCACAUUUUCUGCCCUCAUGUUGCAAGCUCUAAAGCUGCCCCUGCAAUUUACCAUCACAAGACAUGUCUGGGCAGCAAGUCUCCUGUGACGGUUACUUUUAAUUCGUCGUUACAAUUGUUUGAUGGUUUGCUUGUUCCAACCUCGAUAUCAUGGUUUGCUUGUUCCAACCUCGACAUCUGCCUUUAGAUUCCCGUUGUUGUCUUUGUAGUGGAAGGUACCACCUGGUGGUAUGUUGUUAUUUUCACUUUGUUCUGAACAAGGCAUGUAUAGAUUUCAGAUUUUAGUUCCUAUCUCUCUGUCAUAAAAACUAAUGUAUGGUCCUGUGUUUUAUC